CGCCACGUGUCCUGAGAUCUUCCCUGAAAUUUGGCGGGUGAUAGGCUACGUCACCAGUAAUACAAGCAGUGGGGAGGACAUUUUCGUCAUUUUGUUAAAAUCGGAUGGAAAAUUUAGCUAUUACCAGGGUUUAUUUAUUUAUUUGUUUUUUUUUCUUUUCUUUAAACCGUUUAGGGUUUUGGUUUGUUUGUACAUAUCCAUUAUCCAGUAGCGAUCACUAUCGGUGGGUGGGUCUCUUUUUUUUUUUUCUUGUACCUCGACGGCAGGCCAUUCUCUCCUUUUUUUUUCUCUCUGGCUUCUCCAAUUCAAAUUUUGGUUACUGGGUUUUUGAGCUCUCACUUCUUAUGUAUUAAUGAUCGUGAUUUUUUCGGUCUGAUCAUCUUAUACAACAUACUCACCAGAGAACGAUCUUUUUGUUUGUCUUCCUUUGAUCUCUCUUUCUCUUCGUCAUUGAGAUUUAUAGGAUACUGGACUAAUGGGCACGAUGGAUUUUAGUGAAAAGGAAUCAUUGCCUGAUCAAACGAAUGAGAAUAAGAAAUGCUGCUCUGACUGUAGGACCACAAGGACUCCCCUGUGGAGAGGUGGCCCAGCUGGGCCCAAGUCUCUAUGUAACGCAUGCGGGAUCAGGUACAGGAAGAAGAUGGUACCUGUGGUGGGAUUGAGAAAAGGAACAGAGAGGAAAAAGGAGAGAAGCCACGGUCACGAUCACACCGAUUCUAGUGGUGGUGGAACAGCCAUCACAACGAGCUCUGCUUCAAAAACUAUUAAAAACGACAGAAAUGGUGGCCAAAACGACAAAGGUUUCAGUCAGACGACAUUAAAAGUGCGUUUGAUUGCUUUGGGAAAGGAAAUGUUGACUCACAGGUUGUCUUCGCCAUCAUUAGUGAAGAAACAGAGGUGUCGUAGUAGGAGGAAAAAGUUGGGAGAGGAAGAACAAGCUGCUUUUUUGUUAAUGGCUUUGUCUUGUGGCUCAGUUUUUGCCUAAAAAAGAGGUCUAAUGGUGGUUUUAAAAGUAAAGAGAAAGAAAGAAAAAAACCCUAACCUGCCAAAAUACAUGUCUUUGUUCUUUUAAAAAGGUUCACUUUUAUGGUGCUAUUAAUUAAGAAAGUGAUACACCCUUGUUAAUGUUGUUUUGGGGUGGUUCUUUUUAAAUGAUAUGAAAGUGUUUUUGAGAGUAAAGUUAAUGAAGGAAGGUCAACCAAAUAGCGUUAUGUUUAUGAGACUGAGAGUGAGGGAGGGUGACAUUCCUUGCUGUUUCUGUAACCAUAUUAAUUGUAAUGUACAUAUACAUAUUAUUAUUAGAACUACAACUUUAGUGACUGAUAUAUAUCUGUCACCAAUCUCAA